AUGAGUCCCAAACUCUGUGCAGAGCUAAAUGAUGGCCACCACAUUCCUGUUCUUGGUUUUGGAACUUAUGCCCCAGAAGAGGUUCCUAAGAGUAUGAUUACAGAGGCCACCAAGAUAGCUACAGAUGCUGGACUUCGCCAUAUUAAUGCAGCUUAUAUGUACCAAAAUGAGGAAGAAGUAGGACUGGCUAUCCGUGACAAGAUUGCUGAUGGUACUGUGAAGAGAGAAGAUAUAUUCUACACUUCAAAGCUCCCCUCCACGUGCCAUAGGCCAGAACUGGUCCGGGUUUGUUUGGAAAAGUCACUGAAAAAGCUUCAGCUGGACUAUGUUGACCUCUCUCUUAUUCAUUUCCCAGUGCCAAUGAAGCCAGACAACAAUCUUAAUCACAGUGAAAAUGGGAAAUUAUUAUUUGACCCAGUGGAUCUCCGUGACACUUGGGAGGCCAUGGAGAAGUGUAAGGAUGCAGGGUUGGCCAAGUCCAUUGGGGUGUCCAACUUUAACUGCAGGCUGCUGGAGAUGAUCCUGAACAAGCCAGGGCUCAAGUACAAGCCUGUGUGCAACCAGGUAGAAUGCCAUCCAUAUCUCAACCAGAGCAAGCUCUUGGACUACUGCAAGUCAAAAGACAUUGUUCUGGUUGCCUAUGGUGCUCUAGGAACCCAACGAUAUAAGAACUGGGUAGAUGAGAAUGCCCCAUAUCUUUUGGAAGACCCAAUUCUUGGUGCUAUGGCUGAGAAGCACAAAAAAACUCCAGCCCUAAUUUCCCCCUGUUAUCUACUGCAGCAUGGGGUUGUGGUUAUUGCCAAGAGUUCCAAUGAGAAGCAGAUCAAAGAGAAUAUGAAGGUUUUUGAGUUCCAGUUGCCGGAAGAGGACAUGGCAGCUAUUGAUAACCUGAACAAAAAUUACCGAUAUUCUACUGCUAAAAUUACAUCUGUCCACCCUGAUUAUCCAUAUUCAGAUGAAUAUUAA